CUCUUUGGCGCUCCGAUCCAGUCAAGCGAGACACCACCAACCACCACCACCCAGCUCACUGCAUCCCUAUCUUCCCCUCCGCCCUCUUGCUCUACUGGGCUACGGCACAUAGGGCGCAUAGUAGAGGGGCAGGCAGGCAAGCAAAGCAGCUUCUCAUCUGGCUCUCCUCCGUGAGUGAGUGAAGCCAGAGACAGAGACAAGGCGUGGUGAAGAGCGCGCUUGUAUCUCCUGCAUGGCGAUGAGCCAGCAGCAACAGCAGCAGGGACAAGCAAAGCCAUGGCAUAUGGAAGUCUCGACCGAUGACAGACGCAGACUCGUCGCGCAGCUGUAAGGAUCUCAUGCAACGCGACACUCAAGGCGCUUGAACCGAGCUAUACUGCGCAACAGAUUGGAAUGGUUGCCAAUAACUUUGAGCAGCAUGUCUUCAACGCAGCACACAGCAAGCAGGAAUACGGCCAGCUGUGCAGCAAGAGACUUCAAGAUAUCCGCCAAAAGAUUGUACAGAAGCAGCAACAGCAGGCGAUGGCAGCGAAUGGUGGACAAGGCUUGAUGGGACACAGUGGACAGGAAGGAGCGCAUCAGAUGCAACAGCAGGCCAACAUGCAUGCGCUCAUGGCACAACGUGCGCAACAACAGCAGCAACAGCAACAGAAACAAGGUGGACAGCAAAACGCAGGCCUUGAUGCAAGAACCCUCUUGAUGCAACAACAAGCGACCAUGUUGCGCAAUGUCGCCGGAGGCGGUGGAAGCCAUGCUGGCAGUCCAGCGAACCAACGGGCAAAUCUGUCGACGUUGAAUCAGCCCAUGAAUGGGAGUCAACAGACCACACCGGUGAUGCAACAAAGACAGCCGUUGAAUCACAUGCAACAGCAGCAACAACAACAGGCUCAGCAGCAAAAUCAGGGUCAGCGGCAAGCUGCUUUUACAAAUGGUCAGCAAGGCUCCGCUGUGUCGACGAAUGGAAAUCCUACGAAUGGCAUGAUUCCUGCAUUCAAGCAAUUUGGUGGCAACCCAGUUCAAGCGCAGCAAUUACAAGCCAUUCUGCGGCAAGUUCAAGAGUAUCAGGCCAAGAUUGGCGGUCAGCCCAUCAAUUUGAAGGAACUGACACCACAAAAGUUGAUGCAGAUGUAUCAUGCCCAAAAAGCACAUGCAGCGCAACAAGCUCAACGCUUUGCAUUGCAAGAGGAAUCUGCCAAGCAGCAAGGACGUCCUACUUCACAGGGUCAGCAGCAGCAGCAGCAGGCUGUGGGAAGCCAGGCUGGUGGUCCUGCUUAUAUUGCUGCACAAGCGCAAAUGCGUGCAAAGCUACAAGCUGGCCAACAUCAGCAGCAGCAACAGCAACAGGCGCAUCAUCAACAACAACAGCAGCAACAGCAAGCGCAGAUACAAGAUCAUUUGCGGUCGAUGCAAGCUCAACAAAAAGCAUUGCAGCAGCAUAGCCAUCAGCAAGCGUUGCAGCAACAACAGCAGCAACAGCAGCAACAGCAUAUGCAGCAACAACAACAACAACAGCAAGCCCAAGCACAAGCGCAACAUCAAGCGAGUCUUUUGCAACAGCAACAACAUCUGCAGCAGCAAAGACAAGCUCCUUCAACGACUACAAGCAGUGGCGGCGGCCAAGCAAUCACAAACGACAAGACGAAUCCAGUGAAUUACCCAAUUCCAGCCGCUUUGUUUAGUAGGUUUGUCAAUUUGCCGGCUGGUGUCACGACCUGGCAGCAGAUUCUCGAGUUGGGUAAAAGGCGGCAGUUGACGCCUGAGCAAAUCAACAAUGUACGGAUGGUGUAUAAUCUGCAUCACAGUAUCAUACUGCAUUCUAUGGGAUUGUCAAAGCCAAAUAAUGGCGCUCAGAUGCAGCAGCAGCAACAACAACAGCAACAGCAGCAGCAGGUACCCACGAAUGUCAAUCAGCAGCAGAUGCAACAGCAGCAACAGUUACAAAUGCAGCUGCAACACCAGCAGCAGCAACAGCAGCUUCAGAAUCAAAAUGCCCAGAUUGCAGCUCCCAAGGCACAACGUGUGCCGUCAAGAGGACAGUCAAGCCUUGAGGAAGGCUCUGCCCAACAACCUUACCCCAUGCAAGGGCUGGCACAGCAUCCGCAGCUGAAUGCGCAUCAAUUACAGCAAUUGCAGAAGCAGCAGCAGAACAAGACACUAGCGCUACAACAACAGCAGCAACAAUUGCAACAAGCUGUCAAACGUGGCAAGCAAGAUCUACAGACGCCUGUCAUGGCUGCUGCUCAGGUAUCGCCACAAGCAGUCGCAGAUCGUCCAUCACCAUCGAAGCGGAGGAGGGCCAAUUCAAAGGCGCAGCCUGUGGCGACGCCUGUUUUGCAGGGAGCAUUGCCAACACCUGCAGCAGUAGAGCAAUUUUCGACUGCCAUACCUGCACAGAAUGCGGCGCGCCCGAAUACUGCAACGGCCCCAACGACGCAAAAGAAUGAAUUGAUGGCACUAUUGCUGCGUGCUUGUCCGCCAGCAGAACAACGUCGCCUGUCGUUGGAAGUGCGUGCUAUGGAGGAAGUCAUUGCCAACAGAAAGCGCAAUAAUGCCUUCAAGGACUUGAGUGCGCAGGAAAAGGUACAGAUUCAAGAGAUGGUGAGGUCCAUGAUGUUUACGACUGGCAGAAUCGACCAGCUCGCGACAUUAUACUAUAUCGUCACAAAGAAUGCACAGCAGGUGCGUCAGUUGUUGGAGAUGAAGUAUCUAUUUAAGGAACAGGUCAUGCUGCUUUCACAGGACAAGUACACGCUGGAUGCAGCAUCGCUUGCCAAACUCAGCGCAAAUUGCGAUCGCAUGUUUGCCAAUGUUCGCGAACAUCUCAUUCAAACGGCCAAGGCGCUCACCAAGGCAAAUCAGCAACAACAAACGCAAAGACAAGCCGGUGCGCCUAUUGUCCCACCUGCGGUUGCUGCAACACCAGAAGCGUAUGUGAAUACACCCUCACCAGCUGAUUCUGGGUCUGCUGGAUCGCCGUUUGGCAAGCCACUCAAGCAGGAAGAUCUCAAGUUGCCCUCGCAUCGCAAGAAGCCAACAAAGCAAGAGUCAGUACAGAAUGUCACCUCUGCGCCCUCAACGACCGCCGCAGCCAACAAAGUCGAGAAGCAAGCACAACGCGAAGCAAUUGCAUCAAAAGCUGCAAAAGCCAAGGAAGCAGAGUUGCUCAAGAAGCAGGCUGAAAGGGAGGCUGCAGAAGCACGCGCUAUACAAGCCGAAGCUGAAGCAGAUCCCUUGGCUUGGGCAAUCAAGCAGGUUGAAUUAUUCUGCUUGACGGAGGAGCAAGAUGCCGCAAAGGAAUUAGCAGCGACGCAGAACGGCCAGCCUGGCUCUUCCGACAAGAUGGGCGCGCCUUCAAUAAAAAAGCAAGCCGUUGCUGGACCUACGCCAAGUACGAUACUGAAGACGCCGCAGCCGUUUGUUGCUGCUCAGACACCCAUCACGACUGCGCACAGCUUGCUGGCUGCCAAGGAGAGCAGUAAAUCUGGGUAUCCAUUGACGCCGCCACGCUCAGACAAGCUGACACAGCGCGUGCUACAGACUGAAUUGCUGCUCGAGCCUGGGGCUGGCUUGUUUGAUAUGCUGGCUAGUAUGGAGGAAGCAGAGGACGCAGCAGCUACAGCAACGGCAGCGGCUGGCGGCUUUUUGGGUGCUGUCGAAGAAGAUGUGGAUGAAAGUGCGCUGUGGUCCAUGUCGGUGCCGCUUUCAAACAGUUUUGCGAUCGCGUGAGGACGAAGCGAUCAGAAUGAGGGGUAUAGAUGAAGCAUGAGUAUUAUUUCUGUUGCUAGCGAUACAUAUAGUCAACUUGAUACUUGCUGCCUAU